CGCGAACGGGUACGCGGAUUCGGGCAAGAAGAAGUGUGUGUCGUUAGAGGAUGAGGCGGAUGACAAGGGGGCAGCGCCGGCGAGAGAACGGGAGAAAGGGGAAGAGAGGGUGUUUAUGGAGGUGUGGAGGCAGGUCGCGCUGCCGCCGUAUGAGUUGUUUACAGGUCAUAACGAGAUGGUCACUCAAUCUGGGUAUGUUACGUGCGGAGGCGGAAAAAGCAUUGGACGCGAGGACGAAACGGCUACGUUACCUAGGCGGAAAGAUCACUCGUUUCAUCGGGUGCGGAGGGUUUUCGCGAUUCAGAAAAGGUCGACCGCGAGGCCAUCGUCGUCGGGCAUGUCCUUCACGCCCCUCCGGUUGGAUCGAAACGGUCUGACUGGCAAGGAGUGCCGAUCGUCGCCCCGAGUUGCUCGGCGGGAGCAUGCCUGUGUCAGAGGAACGUAAUUGUUAGUUCGUUGCUAUUCUCUCCAUCUCACUUUCCAGC